AUAUAAAAACGUAACAAGAAGCUUAGUAGAAAGGCGAAAAUCGAAAAUGCGAAAGUUUGAUUGAGACUGCAAAACUAUUUCUUAUGUUUUCUCAAAUUCCAAAAAUGUCAAGCGCCAUUGAUUUCACUCUCAAAAAUCUUCCAGGGUUUAAAUCCCCAGAAGGCAGAUGUCUUCCCUGCUCAGGACUGUCUGGAAGGACAGUCACUUCUCGUGGUGAAUAUCAGCAAUUUUCCAAGGUCAAGAUUUUAAACUUGAAAUCUCCUUACAAAAGCACAUCUUAUAUGUGUAGUGCUAGUAGCUUCAGCAAUCAUAAAAGAAAUCCAGAUUUUUCGAGGCAAAACAAGCAUGGUUUCUCCAGGGGGCGGAACAGGCAAAAUGAAGACAGAGAUGGUUAUGAAAAUAUAGAAGAAUCAGAAAUGAUAUCUUCAAGAAAUGGGCCACUGCUUACUACAUCAAACACUUCGAAAUUCCAAGCUACAGCCACUCCAGGUCCAAGGGAAAAGGAGAUUGUUGAGCUAUUUAGAAAGGUCCAGGCUCAGCUUCGGGAAAAAGCUGCUAUCAAGGAGGAGAAAAAGUCUGAAGAGUUGCAAGGAAAGGGUAAAGAGAGUGAAACUGUUGAUUCCCUUCUCAAGCUUUUAAGGAAACACUCAGUUCAGAAAGGGAAGAAAACCAGUAGCAGUAGAAGUAGCAACUUUGUCCUUGACCAGCCAGAUAAGAGCAAUGUAUUCUCUGAAGAGAGAGCUAGCAAUCUCACUGAACUAAAUAGCAAUGUGAACCAUGUGGCACAAGAAAGUGGCACCCCAUUUGUUAACCGACCUAAGUCAAACUUCCAGCGUAGAUCUCCAGUUCCGCGAAUCAAAUUUCAGCCUAUUUAUCACGAGGGAGGUACUGAUAACCCUGUUGCCUCUUCUGCUACAGAUAAGAUGGAAAAUGACAUACAUCUGGACCUUGAACUUGGGCAAAUUCCCAGAAGUAAGGUUGAUUCUGACACUGAGACUAUUUUCUCAGAUAAGCAUGUGUUCGAUGAGAUGGCUGAUGAUGAUACUUCCAAAAUGUAUGGAAGUGUUGAUGCUAGUGAUGAUGAAGAACACAAUCACGCUGGACACGAUGAAUUAGCUGAAAUGAAGCUAACAGAACUACGAGCAAUUGCAAAGUCCCGUGGUUUGAGGGGAUACUCGAAACUGAAAAAGCUAGAGCUCAUUGAGUUGCUUAGUGCUGAUCAAGUCUGAUAUGGUUUACAAGUAAAAUAAAGGUUGAUGUAGAAUUUUGUUGCACAUUCUUCGUUUGCGUGUUGCAUAAUGUUCAACUUACAUAGUACUUUUCUCUUGAUGGCGGUUUCUGUGGUCGAAUUGGACAAUUUUGUUUACUUCAUCUACGUAGCGAUCUCUUCCCCUGA